CUGGAAUUGCGUUACGACAACUUGCGGAAGAUCCGGCAAACAUUAUGCUCAUGUCAGCGUACGAAGAUUCCUUUCUGAAGGUGGCCAUGCAGAUCCCGAUGAAUGGAGAUGUAAACGCAGAUGCUGAUCUCAGGGGCUGUGCCUCAGGUGCGUGUGUCUAG